AUGCUUCUCCGCCAAGCAGUGGCCUGUGUCACCCUUGGAGCUGUUUGUGCUGCCACACCGCACCCUCGAUCUCCCCCGUUACCAAACGGGCCCUCCCUUGAUCGCUGGUCACCUGGGACUCAUGUUGCUGUUGACUACUACCCGUCGCAAUGGCCGGAAGAAAUGUGGGAGUCUGACAUGGCUCAGAUGCGAGAUGCCAACCUCUCGUAUGUCCGGGUAAACGAGUUCGAUUGGACCAUCUUAGAACCAACAGAGGGGCAGUACAACUUCACGCUGCUCGAUAAGACCCUGGAGCUUGUCGGUCGGUAUAACCUCAAAGCGAUCGUUGGGACGCCCACAGCAACUCCCCCCAACUGGGCUUACGAAAAAUACGGCAUUAGCUUCGUUGAUAAGACGAACACCACGUUGCUCUUCGGGUCGCGUCGUGGGUAUAGCCCCUCUUCGACUGACUAUCGUCGUCUGAGCCAAAAGAUCACACGAAAGCUUGCAGAGCGGUACGGCAAUCAUUCCGCAGUCGCGGGGUGGCAGUUAGACAACGAGUUCGGGUGUCAUGACACUGUGCAAAGUUACGACAGCAACGCCAUCAAGCGCUUCCGCGUAUGGCUGGAAAAGAAAUACGGAACAAUCGAGAACUUCAACUCCCAGCAGGGCCGGGUAUUCUGGUCGAAUCAAUAUGUCAGCUUUGACGCAAUUCACCCUCCGUUUCUGGAGGUAUAUACGCCACAGCCGGUUCAUCUUCUCGAUUGGUAUCUAUUCAGCUCGGACAUGACGAUCGAGUUUGCGCGACAGCAGUCAGAGAUAUUGAGGGAACUCGCGCCAACCAAGUUCAUCACGCACAAUUUCAUGAUGGGCUUCACCGACUUCGAUCACUACAAGUUCUCGCGCGAGGUCGGACUGGACCUCGCAACGUUUGACCAGUACGCCCUCGCCGGCCUGGAAACUCUCUCGUCGCUCUCUCAGGACGAACUGACAAAGUAUCUGCGCACCGGGCCACCCGAUUGGCAGGCUCUGCACCAUGCUCUUUAUCGCGGUGUGUCAGGUGCCGCAUACAACAAAACGUCCGGACCGUUCGGAGUCAUGGAGAUGCAAACCGGCGUUCUCAACUGGAAUGCCUACCGGGUUUCUCCACUGAGUGGCAUGGUGCGGCUUUGGACUCACGAGACGUUCGCAGAUCUAGGCGACCUGGUAUCAUACUUUCGUUGGCGCCAACCUCCUUUCGGACAAGAACAGACACUCUCUGGUCUAUUUACCUCAGACGACGCCGCGGACGAAGGCUUCCUUGAACUUCAGAGCGUGGUAGACGAAGAUCUACCAAGGUUGAAGGAAGCACUGCAGAGCGAUGAAAAACAGGAGUCACAAGCGGAUGUGGCUCUUGUAUUCGACUACGUUACCGCUCGGGUCUGGGCUAUCCAGCCAUACAGCGGGUCUUGGAGCCCUAAAGACACUGCCUACACUGAUCCAGCGGUCAAAUAUAUGGACGUCGUGUACAAUUUCUAUUCGUCUCUCCGCCGUCUGGGCCUUUCCGUUGAUGUGAUCGGGCCUGACCAACCUAUUCACGGUUACAAGCUUGUCGUUGUGCCAAGUCUACCCAUAAUUCCCGACUCAUUCAACAAAGCACUAGCCAACUACAACGGACCCGUUGUCUUCGGACCUAACACUGGAUCUAGGACACCUGAGUUCAGCUACACGCCCGGUCUCAAUCCCUCAGAAGGCCCGCUCCGCCGUCGCCUACCCAUGAGGGUCACUCGUGUAGAGACACCACCAGACCACGCGGGAAGUGGCGUUGUCUACGGAGGAAAGACAUACAAUAUUUCCGGCUGGGAAGAGUGGGUAUUUUGCGAGCGUCAGAACCGCACGAGCACUGUUACAUUGAAAUACAGCUCGCCACAUCGUCCUGGUCAGCCAGCCGCCUGUUCGAGGAAUGGGUUCCACUACCUUGGCUUCAAUCCUUCCGUGGACCUACUGGUUUCAUACCUCGGUGAUAUUGCUAAGGACGCGAAUAUUGCAGACUUUGCGGGGCGACGUGCCGAUAGCAAGAAUGACCUUGGACCCACUUUGCGGUUUGCUAAAAGGGGGUCUUUGCUUUGGGGGUUCAAUUAUGGUUUGGGUCCUGCAAAACCUCCUGUUAUUGAGGGGUCUAAAUUGUUGAUUGGAGGGAGGAACUCAGAGAUUGCAUCGGCUGACAUUGCUGUUUGGAGGCUGAAGGUGUAAAUAUGAGAAUAGUUACGUGAUGGUCACUUUGCUCCUCAAAUCCGGGGCCUAAUGCGCUAUGAUGUAAGUUAAUGAAGAAAACCAAACACGUUCACGCUCCCAAUUAUUUUAUCCCAGGGCCAGUUACAUAAAUCGGGGCGUUGGAAUUAUCCUUUAGAUUGAAGGAUUAGAAGUAAAGCGGCCCUCAUCACCAACCCGGAAAGAAAGCAGGCAGAUCCCGGACUUGGGAA